GUAUCUUCUUCCUCCGACCUUUUCCCUCCUUGCUUAAAACGAGUGAAACUGCGGAUAAAAAAAAUUCUCACUAUCUUCAUCAUGUAUAGAUGAUCGAUCAGCGAUGAGCUGCAAUGGCUGCCGAGUUCUUCGCAAGGGAUGCAGUGAGUCCUGCAUCCUCCGGUCAUGCCUUCAGUGGAUCGAGAGUCCCGAAGCACAGGGCCACGCCACCGUCUUUGUCGCUAAGUUCUUUGGCCGCGCAGGCCUUAUGGCUUUCCUCUCCUCCGUUCCCGAGGAAAAUCGCCCUGCUCUCUUCCAAUCUCUGCUAUUCGAAUCCUGUGGGAGAAGUAUCAAUCCCGUAAGCGGAGCAGUAGGGCUGAUAUGGACGCGGAAAUGGAAUCUAUGUCUUGAAGCGGUGGAAACAGUUUUGCGCGGCGGGACGAUCCGACCGAUAUCGGAGCUCCCUGAGGUCAGAGCUGCUGACGAUGAGGAAGUCUAUGGGAUGUGGCCGAAGUCCCCUUUGAUUGGAAAUCUUCUAUCUCAUGUUAAGUGUGAUCUGGAACUUUAUCUUAGGUUACCUGUGACGGAAGAGAAGGAGAUGCCAGGUACGCCGUCGAUGAACUCCAGUACUACCGGCGAUGAGGAUAAUUGUAUUGAUCGUGAGCAGAGGGUUUUGAAUCUUUUCGUCUGAGGUUGGGUUCGGGUGAUAAAAUACGGGUCCGGUUUUGUUGAUAUCUUCCACAACCCGUAAUUGAGAUUUCAUCCUCCGGUUUAUCAACGUAUGAGAAGUGCGACUUCCAUUGAGUUUCCUUCUUUUCUCCGAGUUAUGUUACUUGAUCAGAAGAAUGAUCAAAUUGCAACUCCCUAAAUGAUUUUUGUGAGGGGAGUAGGAUUAUGGAUUAUGUCUCUUGGGAUUGAUGGAAAAACUUUGGGUCGGGAUGUCCUGAUACAAAUUGAGUUGAUCUGGACAAAUAUUUUUUAAAAGUUAAUUCAUAUAAAGUUUAUUUCGAUUUGUAAGCGUGGAUCCCUUUUAUUUGAAAUGGUUUUAAUGGUUAACAAUUGCAAAGGGAAGGAGAUGAGAAAACAA